AUGGUAUGUGGUGGUAUCUGCUGGUUCCUCUUUGGCCAACCUGAGUCAAGUGCAAGUGCUCAGAUAAGCUGUUUUGCACCCAGCUCCUUCUCCUGGCGACAGGCUGCUUAUGUAGACUCUUACUGCUGGGCAGCUGUGCAGCAGAAGCAACCAUCCCAGAACAACUUGGAAAACAUUCCCCUGUGGCUGCAUAAAUUCUUCCCAUACAUCCUUCUCCUCGUUGCUAUCCUGCUGUAUCUACCAUGUUUGUUCUGGCGCUUCACUGCAGCACCUCACCUUUCUUCAGACCUGAAAUUUAUUAUGGAAGAACUUGACAAAGCCUAUAACAGGGCAAUCAAAGCUGCUAAUAGCAUCCGCAGUGGAGACCCCAGGGACCCUACUGAUUUGGUUCCAGCUGUUAAUGAGAACUUGACACAGAGUUUGUGGGAAAUAUCUGAAAGCCACUUUAAAUACCCAAUUGUGGAGCAGUACCUGAAGACAAAGAAGAAUUCCAAAUGCUUAAUAAUUAAAUACAUUAUCUGCCGUUUACUCACGCUAGUAAUAAUUUUCAUUGCAUGCCUCUACCUGGGCUACUACAUUAGCCUCUCCUCUUUGAGUGAUGAGUUUCUCUGCACUAUCAAAACUGGGAUCUUAAAGAAUGACACAACUGUUCCAGAAGUGGUUCAGUGCAAGCUUAUUGCUGUUGGUGUCUUCAAGGUACUCAGCUAUAUUAACCUGCUAGUCUAUCUUCUGGUGAUGCCGCUGGUAGUGUAUGCAAUGUUUGUUCCAUGGAGGUGGAAUUCGGGCAUUCUCAAAGUGUAUGAAAUCUUGCCAACUUUUGAUGUUUUGAAACUUAAGUCAAAGUGUUUUGAUGACUUAAGCCUUUACCUCCUCUUUCUUGAGGAAAAUGUGAGUGAACUUAAAUCAUUUAAAUGCCUCAAAGUGCUGGAGAACAUUGCAGUUUCUGAGAAGUUUGAUGUCAUGCAACUUUUGGUAAACCUUGGUACUAUUAAGACAGAUACCGUAGAUGGGAAGCCAGGAACAGCUACGUUGGAAAAGCCUGAAGAAACAAUUACGGAAGAGCUGGAAAAAAAUGCAACAGAGCUACAAGUUUUGACAGACCAUGAUGCAAGUGGCAACGUGAGUCCGAGAGAAGAUAAAAAACUUCGCCAAAGGCUUAUAGACUCUUCAUGCUGAUGCUUCUCUGCCACAGCAGGAAGGAGCUUCACACUGCAGGAGGGCUUCUCCUCUGCCUUCACUGUGCUCAACACAAGGUGCUGCUCUUUGAAUGCAACCAUCUUGAUAGCCUGACAAUUCCUCAGUGGUCAAGCUGUUUUACAGACUACAUGUUGUAUAAUAAUCAGCAAUCAUGUACAUGAAAAUGCAUGUUGUAGCCUUUCAUUAUUUAUUAAAAAAACCAAACACACAAGGAACAACAAAGACAAAAAAUCUCUAUCAUGAGUAGCAAGUGACACGCCUUGAAUGCAACUGAAGCUGGCAGCAAGAAAGAACUAGCACUAUGCUGUACAGGGAUAGGAAACAUAAUCCUGUAGGUAAAAAGAGAUGGCCACGUUGCAUUCUGAAGUGUUGCUCUGCUGGGAGCAACCAUCUCAGUUCUGGGGUUUAAGUGAGGCGUCUUGGGGCUCUCAGCCCUGGAAUUUUUUUUUUUUUUUUUUUUUGUAGUUGUUUUUUAAAUGAGGCUGGUUACUCUGUACCAGGUGGUGGCUGGCCACUGAUAUUGGCUGUGUAUUCACAGAAAAAAUAGAGGUUUCUCUGUUCAGCCUGAGAUGUUUUGAUUAGCCAUCUCAACAUUGAUGUCUCAGAUUAAUUACUUGGCACUGAUGGAAAAGAAACUACAAACAGGCUUAUUAUAAAGGGGUACUGUAAAUGUUAGGGAUUUUGAAUUUUCUAUGUAUUAAUAAAUUAAUAAUGUCUUAAAACUUUUU